CGCAGAUGCAGAUAAAAGUUUAUACAUUUUAUACAAAUAGCUGAUCAAUUUUGAAAUUUUCAGAAUUAUAACAAUAACUAUUGCAGGUAGAACCACGACAGUAUGGCAUAUACAGAGAAGAAGCUGUGGACAGCAUUGUACUGGCUCUUGAUCUCUGUUUAUCUGAUACGAAAUAUAUACCUAAUUGUCGGAAAGCACUUCUCAUGUUGGGGGGUUAUUUCUCCUUUUCUGGUGAAACACUGACAGAAACUUGGUUGCUUAAGCAAGCAGGAUUCUGUGAUGAUUUUGGGACAACAUCUAUCAGUUACGAUGAGGAUGUUGAUGAAAUUAUACUGGAGGAAGAAAAUGAAGAGGAGUCGAGGGAGAAAGAAGAGUGGUUGAAAAAUGUAGCUUUAGUCCUACUAUGUAGCGGAAAGGGAUCAUUUCUAGAGACCCUAUCCAAGUGUUUAGAUUCACAAAACACAGAGCUGUUAAAAGUGUGCCUAACAACAAUUGCUUGGAUGAGCCAUGCACUUGCGUCUCUCUCCCUUUCUGAUUUGCAGCUCUCCGUAUUUUUGUCUCUUAUUCCCAGGAUGAAAGAAAUCUUGGAGAAAAGUGAGCAGAUUGAACAUCGUAUUUUGGCAUCUUUAUCGUUGCUCAAUUUCAGUAAAAUUUCAGAAUGUAGAAUCCUACUCGUGUCUUUUGCUGAGGAGAUCCACAAUCCUCUAAAACAUCUAGUGGAGAUGACUUCGAUAGCAAAGCAUUUAUAUGCUACUGUAUUUGGAUAACACCAGAACCUGAUAGAAAAGAUAGCCCUUAUUAUUUCUGUGAAUGUAGAGUUGUUUCCCAAGAUUUCUGUCUUUUUUUUUGUUUAGUUCAGCAAUUCUCCUUUCAAUUUGAUCUUUAGCUCUUUCAAUGUGAAUAUGUACAAGGUAGCAGUCAGUUAUCAUUGUAUUGGAACAAAGAAAUUCAAUGAUUAUGUU